AUGUUAUCGGAGGAGCAGCGGGUGCCCAGUGAUGACAGAGAGAAAAGAAAAUGUGAGGACUUCACGAGUCUCUACUCCAUGGACACAGGACACAGCCACACGGCCAACGCACAGAGGGCGCUCCCUGAUCACUCAGGCCAAGAGGGUGCCUUCAAGAAGAUCAAGGCCGAAGGUUCGAGUCCGGUGCUAUCCCUGUCCUCUACGUCACUGGGCGGGACUUCCCCGGGAGCAGCUUCCGGUCACACGCCAGGGGCGGGAACUUGUCCCACACCGGCCCGCAGACGACACAGGACUACCUUCACACAGGAGCAAUUGCGAGAACUGGAGGCGGCGUUCGCCAAGUCCCACUACCCAGACAUCUACUGCCGGGAGGAGCUGGCCAGAAUAACCAAACUCAACGAGGCCAGGAUACAGGUGUGGUUCCAGAACCGGCGAGCCAAGUACCGGAAACAGGAGAAACAGUUGGCCAAGUCGCUGUCGCCGGUCAUCCCGACAUGUAACGGCAUGAUGAGGAACAUCUACCCGACCAACACCCGGGGCUACCCCUACCCGACUUCUGCCAACAUGAACACCUUAUCCAGGUACCCUCAGAUGAACUCCACCUACCCGCCCUCUAUGGGCGGCAUGCACCAGUUCUCCCACAUGGGAGGGAUGGCCGGGUCCAACAUGGCCACCAUGAGCAUGCCAAGACAAGUACAGCAGUUUCCCAUGGCAACCGACUACGGUCUGGAGUCGGCAGAGGAUGACUGGUACAACAAAAGCCUCACCGCACUGCGCAUGAACAAUUCCCACCCGGGCCCGUUGUCCAAUCAGAUUCUGCCCUACCAAACGCAAGUGUGAUUCCGCUCGACAAAACCAGCUGACGAUCUGCCCGAGCUUACGUCAACAGUGUGGAGAGAGUUCAUCAACCUAUUAAUAAACUAAAUGGUUUUAGCGCAAAAACAGAGCUUCCCUCGUCUUCAAGUAUUCGCAGUGCCAGCCUACGUGGACAGGGGUUUGUUCGUUCGACCCUGUGUGACGCUUCUCAACCGUUUUAUAUUAUUUCUCUCCUUGGCUGGUCAGUUUUUUUCCUUCUGGACAGAGAAGAAUGUACCCGGUGGGGCUCAGUUCGACUUGCUCCACGUACACAAGGGAAACGUGCAAUAGAUGCCACGCUUGUUUGUACGACUUUGUGAAGAAAAAUUCAAGCUGCAAAAGAGAUUUU